AUGGAGGCUAGCAAAUUCAAAAUCUGCAGGGUGGCCCCAACUGCUGCAGACAGGGAAGAGCCUAUGUUGCAAUCCAAGUCCAGCUCUGCUCGUGAAUUCUUUCUGCUCUGGAGAGGAAUUAUUUGUUUAUUUGCAGGUAUAUUUGCUUACUUAAACUACCAUGUCCCUCGCACAAGACGAGAAAUCUUGGAGACCCUUAUCAAAGGCCUUCAGAGACUGGAAUACAGAGGAUAUGAUUCUGCUGGUGUGGGAAUUGAUGGAGGCAAUGACAAAGAUUGGGAAGCAAAUGCCUGCAAAAUCCAGCUCAUUAAGAAGAAAGGGAAAGUAAAAGCACUGGAUGAAGAAGUUCACAAACAACAGGAUAUGGAUUUGGAUAUAGAAUUUGAUGUACACCUUGGAAUAGCUCAUACCCGUUGGGCAACACACGGCGAACCCAAUCCUGUCAAUAGCCAUCCCCAGCGCUCUGAUAAAAAUAAUGAAUUUAUUGUUAUUCACAAUGGAAUCAUCACCAACUACAAAGACUUGAAAAAGUUUUUGGAAAGUAAAGGUUAUGACUUUGAAUCUGAAACAGACACAGAAACAAUUGCCAAGCUUGUUAAGUACAUGUAUGACAAUCGGGAAAGUCAAGAUACCAGUUUUACCACCUUGGUGGAGAGAGUUAUCCAACAAUUGGAAGGUGCUUUUGCACUUGUAUUUAAAAGUGUUCAUUUUCCUGGCCAAGCAGUUGGCACAAGACGAGGUAGCCCUCUGUUGAUUGGUGUACGAAGUGAACAUAAACUCUCUACUGAUCACAUUCCAAUACUCUACAGAACAGGCAAAGAUAAGAAAGGAAGCUGCAAUCUCUCUCGUGUGGACAGCACAACUUGCCUUUUCCCUGUUGAGGAAAAAGCGGUGGAAUAUUACUUUGCUUCUGAUGCAAGUGCUGUCAUAGAACACACCAAUCGCGUCAUCUUCCUUGAAGAUGAUGACGUAGCAGCGGUGGUAGAUGGCCGUCUUUCUAUCCAUCGAAUUAAACGAACUGCAGGAGAUCACCCUGGAAGAGCUGUGCAAACCCUCCAGAUGGAACUCCAGCAGAUUAUGAAGGGCAACUUCAGUUCAUUUAUGCAGAAGGAAAUUUUUGAGCAGCCAGAGUCAGUUGUGAACACAAUGAGAGGAAGAGUCAACUUUGAUGACUAUACUGUGAAUUUGGGCGGUUUGAAGGAUCACAUUAAGGAGAUCCAGAGGUGCCGGCGCUUGAUUCUUAUUGCUUGUGGAACAAGUUAUCAUGCUGGUGUAGCCACACGUCAAGUUCUUGAAGAGCUGACUGAGUUGCCGGUUAUGGUAGAGCUAGCCAGUGAUUUCCUGGAUAGAAACACUCCAGUUUUUCGAGAUGAUGUUUGCUUUUUUAUUAGUCAGUCAGGUGAGACAGCAGAUACCCUGAUGGGUCUUCGGUACUGCAAGGAGAGAGGAGCUUUAACUGUGGGGAUCACCAACACUGUCGGCAGUUCCAUAUCAAGGGAGACAGACUGUGGAGUUCACAUUAAUGCUGGGCCCGAGAUUGGUGUGGCCAGCACAAAGGCUUACACCAGCCAGUUUGUAUCCCUUGUGAUGUUUGCCCUUAUGAUGUGUGAUGACAGGAUUUCCAUGCAAGAGAGACGCAAAGAGAUCAUGCUUGGACUGAAGCGGCUGCCUGAUUUGAUUAAGGAAGUACUGAGUAUGGAUGAUGAAAUUCAGAAACUGGCAACAGAACUUUAUCAUCAGAAGUCGGUCUUGAUAAUGGGGCGUGGCUAUCAUUAUGCUACUUGUCUUGAAGGGGCACUAAAAAUCAAAGAAAUCACUUACAUGCACUCUGAAGGCAUCCUCGCUGGUGAAUUGAAGCAUGGUCCUCUGGCUUUGGUGGAUAAGUUAAUGCCUGUCAUCAUGAUCAUUAUGAGAGAUCAUACUUAUGCCAAGUGUCAAAAUGCUCUUCAGCAGGUAGUUGCUAGGCAGGGACGCCCAGUGGUGAUUUGUGAUAAGGAAGAUACCGAGACCAUUAAGAACACAAAAAGAACAAUCAAGGUUCCCCACUCAGUGGACUGCUUGCAAGGCAUUCUCAGUGUGAUCCCCUUACAGUUGCUGGCUUUCCACCUUGCUGUGCUGAGAGGCUAUGAUGUGGAUUUCCCCCGGAAUCUUGCCAAAUCUGUAACAGUAGAAUGAGGAGCAUCUGAAACUCUGGGCAAUUAAGCAACACAAGACACCUUUUGUAUUUAAAAUCUUGAUUUAAAAUAUCACUCCUUUAAGCCUUUUUUUUUUUUUUUAGUAAAUCCUUAUUUAUAUAUCAGUUAUAAUUCCACUAAAUUUGUGCUUUUUGUGAAAUUACCUCAUAUUUUUCCAGUAAUUUGUGGGGAAGUUUGAAAAAUGGAAUCAUUAUCAGAAACAGUUAGCUUUCAUUUUCUUUUUUUAAAUCAUCACCUGAGGAUCUUUUAUCCAUUGAUUUUUAGAGAGAGAGUGGAAGGG